AGGCCUCUCCACUUGGCCAUCAUUCAUGAAGCCACUGAACAUGCCCUUCAGAUGAUCAAACUGUCUAACAAUCACCCCUUCCUCAACCUACAGAACCACCAGAGACAGACUGCCCUACAUCUAGCAGUGAUCACAGAGCAGCCCCAGUUGGUGGAAAAACUCCUGAAGGCCGGCUGUGACCCACGGUUGGCUGACGACAGCGGGAACACGGCUCUUCACAUCGCCUGCAAGAGGGGCUCCCUUGCCUGCUUCAGUGUCAUCACCCAGAACUGCCUGUGCCACCUAACCUCCAUCAUGUCCUUCCCCAAUUACAAUGGACAUAACUGUCUCCACCUGGCAUCUAUUAAUGGCUAUAUUUCAUUGGUGGAAAACCUUUGUCAGCUGGGUGCAGACAUAGAUGCACAGGAACAGUGCAGUGGACGGACGGCUCUCCACCUGGCUGUGGAUCUCCAGAACCCCACACUGGUCCGUUGCCUCCUUGACCUCGGCGCCGAUGUUAACUGCUUGAACUAUGGUGGCUUCACGGCCUACCACCUCACCUACGGGCGACAGAACGAAGAGAUCAGGUGCCAGCUGUACGAGAGGACGGCACAGGAGCUGAGGGAGCUGCCCGACAGCGAAUCAGAUGAGAGUGAUAUGGAGGAUCUGGACCUGUCGGAAGAUGAGCUGUAUGACGACAUAAAGUUCGGAAAGUAAACAGAACCAACCCUUUACUGAUGGUUUGAAUAACAGUGAAGCUGCUAUUGGGUUGCCCAGCCACGGCCCCCAAUGAGGGACAUAUCGGUACCUGUCCAGCGUCCAAGUCCACGGGUGCUGGCCCUGGGAUCAAAAACGUGAAUGAAGAUGGCGUUCAGUCUGGUCAAAGCCAGUUGCACUCUGUGCCAAGAACCACGAAAACAGCAAGACCAUGACCCCCAUGUAGUCCUUCUGUAUACUGUAUAAAUAUAUAUUGAUGUGUAUAUACCAGACAUGUAAUAUAUUGUAAAUACAGAGAUAUUAUUUUUGUACCUGUACAUAUGUUUUGUGAAUUUAAACACUAUUAACAAACAUGCUGAGAAUAAAAAGUCUA